UUUCGUUAUGUAAGUUAUUAAGACGUUUAUAUAAAUUACUAGCUUGACAUUUUUUGCCCAAGAUCGUCAAUGACACAAGUGUUGUCGAUUCCUUUUUCUGCCAGUCGGUUGCUGUUACUUGCUAAUUUUCUGCGACAGCCUGUAGCUAGUAUUUUUUUGAUGGGGGAAAUGUCAAGCAAAAUGACCAUGCCAGAGCCAGAUGAGGCUAUGAAAGGUCGAAGUACAAAAAUGGCUGUCUCCCCUGCUCAUGCUGUAAACAAAAAUCCCACAGUACCUCCGUUUCCUGAAGAAAUGCAGUUUGCCAUGUUUGGAAUGGGCUGUUUUUGGGGUGCAGAGAGAAAAUUCUGGAAGCAUCCUGGUGUUUUUUCAACACAGGUUGGUUAUGCAGCUGGUUACACCCCGAAUCCAACCUACGAGGAAGUCUGCUCAGGAGCCACAGGACAUAAUGAGGUUGUCCGAGUUGUGUUUGAUCCCAAGAAAACAGAUUAUUCAGAAAUUUUGAAGGUGUUUUGGGAGAGUCACAAUCCUACUCAGGGAAUGCAGCAGGGAAAUGAUCGAGGAACACAAUAUCGAUCUGGGAUAUACUACUACGAUAGCGAACAACGAGAUCAGGCUUUGGCCACUAAAGAAGCAUAUGAAGAGAAAAUCAUGAAAAAUGGUUAUGGGAAAAUAACAACAGAAAUACUAUCAGCACCAGAAUUUUACUAUGCUGAGGACUACCAUCAACAAUAUUUACAUAAAAACCCAGGAGGUUAUUGUGGACUUGGAGGAACUGGAGUUUCAUGUCCAAGAGGAAUCGUUAACUCUAGAGCAAAAUCAGAAUUAUGAUGAGUCUGUGACUUAACAGUUCUUUUUAUUAAUCAGCAUACAGUUUACUUGUUAGCUCACCUGAUCGGAAGCGCCAAGUGAGCUUACGCCGUUUUGGGUGUCUAUCAUUCGACAUCUAAUGUCCUAGUUUUGUUUGCAGGAUAUUUAGUUUUUGUUCUCAAAUUCGGUAAUGAAGUAAGGAGCGCUGUUGAUUUUUAUUAUGUUGUCAUGUUAUAUUCUUUUCUUCUUGAUGAAAGUGUGUCAAUGAUAUAGCAAUAGUAUAGCAUAUGUAAUUAAUUCAUCUUUCAUGCACAAAGGAAAAUAUUCCUGGUUAAAAGUGAAACUAUUUAUUGUAAAAGGUACAAAUACAAUUAUAAAAUAGACUAAAAUGUUAUAGAAGUUCAAAAAUAUUAAAGAAUCUUUCAAAGCUAAUAAUAAUACAAAAAAUAACGUUGAUAUCAAAUAAAACAAAACUAGGUUUAUGCAAAAAGUGUUAUAUAUCAAAAAAGUAUUGUAAAUCAAAUUAUUUUGAUCUGUUUACAUAAAAAAAUGUUUGUUCAAAUUUACACUCCACCAUGAUAUGUUUUUCUGUGAUAGGACACCAGUACUUGAUCAUAUAUACAGUAAACCUUGACCUUGCAACUACUAGACUGGUCAAUACUGUGACAUUAAAAAUGAUUUUAAGGCCACAAAAUACUUUCAUAUACCUCGAAUUGUAUUUAUAUAAAUGAAAUCGUAUUGAAUGAUUAUUUCAGAAUUAUAUGUUUUUAAACUGUAUAAUAAAUCAUACCUAUGUCAA